AUGGAUCUCAACAGCCUGUUCAGCGUCAAGGGCAAAGUCGUCCUCGUCACUGGAGGCGCCAAAGGCAUCGGGCGGAUGAUCGCAGAGGGCUUCGUCACCAACGGCGCAAAGGUCUACCUGACGGGCCGCGACGCCCGUGCCUGCGACUCCGCCGCCGCCGAGCUCACCAAGCUCGGCAGCCAAAGCCAAAGCGGCGGCUCUGCACACUCCCUGCCGGCGAACCUCCAGGAGCUCGCCCAGUGCGAGGCCCUCGCCAAGCGGCUGACGGAGCUCGAGCCCGGCGGCCUGCACGUGCUGGUCAACAACGCCGGCGCGGCGUGGGGCGCCGACAUCGACUCGCACCCGGACCACGCGUGGAACAAGGUGCUCACGCUCAACCUGCACCGCGUCUUCACCCUGACGCAGCUGUGCCUGCCGCUGCUCGAGCGGGCGGGCACGCACGAGGACCCGGCGCGGCUGAUCCACAUCGGCAGCAUCGACGGCAUCCGCGUGCCGACCGUGUCCAACGUCGCCUACGCCGCCAGCAAGGCCGGGCUGCACCACAUGUCGCGCGUCUUGGCCAAGGAGCUGGGGCCGCGGCACGUCACCAGCAACGUGCUCGCGUGCGGGCCGUUUGCCACCAAGAUGAUGCGGGCAACGCUCGAGGCCGCGGGCGACGCGCUGAUGGAGGAGAUGCCGAGGGGCAGGAUCGGGACGCCGCAGGACGUGGCGGGGGCGAGUUUGUUUCUGGCGAGCCGGGCUGGGGCGUUUUGCAAUGGGGCCAUGAUUCGGGUGGACGGGGGGGCGUCUCAUGUAUCGAAGCUGUGA